GGGAAGAACACCAUUUUGUCAUUCGAUACAGUACGAUCUAUGCGAGUAGUUGACAAGAGGAAAAAUGCCGAGAAAAGCGAAUAAAUCUUGGGGUGGCCGCAACGGACGCGGGAAUAAUUCUUCCGAGGACAAGCAUUAUUUCGGUCAUGAUGAUCGUAUGGGAAGAAAUAAUGGACCUCAUCUUGAAGGAACCAGGCCUCGUGUAUCAUUUAAAACACUUAGGCCCCAUAGAGAACUGUCACGUAAUUUAGCGCUGGCAAGCGUAGAUGAAGAUAUUCCAAUGACAGGCAACUGUAAUAAUAAUAAUAGACAAACGAGACAAGUGUAUGUGACCAACAUCUCAAGAAGGAAAGAAAUGAAAGGAUGGCCAAGAAUAACUCGAGGAAGAAAUAGCCCUCUACCGAACAGAAACUUCAAGGGAGGUCAAUCUGGUUCUAGAAUACAGCAAACACUUACAAUAGGAGAAUCUAAUUGGUAUAGAAUCAGUAUACCGUAUGGACAUAAAUACGAAAAGGAUUACAUUUUGAGAACCCUACUAAAUUUCAUGGCACCUGAAGUGUUCAUUCCAAUAAUGUAUAAGAUUAUGGCAAACGAAGCUAGCUUUUAUGUCGAUGAUUUCAAGACAGCAAAUGCAUUACUAAAGUGUGAUCGCAAAAUCACGAUGACAGAUGGAUUUAAACUACAAGUGAGAGCAAAACCAGGAUUUCCACAAUGCGAAAUUGAUGAUAAAUUGAAGGAACGAUUGAAACAAGCUAUGUCUAAAAGAUAUGUGCAAGAAACAAACGCUUUGGAUUUGUCGAAGUUUCAUCGAGAUCCUGAUCUUAUUGGUGAUUAUUUUUGUGCAUUGUUCCGCCCUGCAAUGUUAAUGACUGUGUUAGAUAUCGUGGGAGAGCAUAUACCAACUUUACAAGCCUUAAACUUAGAAGGCAAUAAGCUGCAGAGUAUUGACAAGCUCAAUGUACUAAGUAAAAAAUUUCCAAACUUGAAAAUUUUAUACGUCAGUGAUAACAAAAUCAAGGAUAUCCAUCAGUUAGAUGCCAUUAAAGACCUAAAAUUAGAAGAAUUGAAAUUGAUUGGAAACCCUGUCUGUAACAAGUACAAGUCUCGACAAAAUGACUACAUUAGCGACGUUCGGAAACGAUUCCCGAGAUUGCUGCGUCUGGACGACACAGAAUUACCACGACCGAUCGUAUUCGAUGUUGUUGACGAGGCCGCUAAAGUACCAUCAUCGCAGAGAAUGUUCAUUGCUGAUACGAAAGCCCAGCAAAUUGCAAGCCAGUUUUUGCAACAGUAUUUCACAAUAUUUGAUAGUGACAACCGUCAACCUCUACUUGACGCGUAUGAUGAACACGCGUGCUUUAGUAUGACAAUAACCACUUCUCACAAUAACAAGUUAAAUGGAUAUCUCAUGGAGAACCGAAACUUGUUCAGAAUAUAUGACACGGCCAGAAGACAGAAACUAUUGAAACAUGGUAGAUUACCUGUAGUUUCUUUCAUAUCAGAAAUGCCGCGAACAAGACAUUUCUUAGAUACCUUUACCAUGGACAUCUCUCUUGUUACACAAGUUAUGAUGUUCAUCACGAUAACGGGUUAUUUCCAAGAACUUAACAAGGAACAGCCCAUUCGCCACUUCAAUCGAACAUUUAUAAUUGUUCCGGAAGGUGGCGGAUAUUGUAUUCGUAACGAGCAGUUACAUAUUAGUCAACCGCCUGAGGCGCAACUGAAACAAUUGAACCAGCUACUAAACAGUACUCCGAUGCUGAAUAAUCAAUCGGAGACACCAGCAAUAUUGCCACAAACAUCAACGGAGCCAGCAAAGCCUAUACUUUCGGAACUGAGCGAAGAUGUAAAACAGCAGAUGACAAUGACAUUGAGUCAGCAAACGAAUAUGAAUUUAGAAUGGAGUCUCAAGUGUUUACAAGAGACGCAAUGGAACUACAAUAAUGCACUCUCUGCAUUUCAAGAAUUCUUCAAACGUAGUCAAAUACCACCAGAAGCUUUUACAAAAUAACAUUCGUGAGUAAAAAAAUUGGUCACACUGUGAUAAUAAUAUUAAAAAACAGAGAAUGCGAUCUUCUUGUGAAACACACAAUUUCGUAAUAUCAUUCAUAUUCUUUUGCUUUCUCAAGACACAAAGUAUAUUUAUGUUUCACAUCAAAACCUAAUGAUAAAGAAAUCGCUUAUCCAUCUUGUUUUAAUUUGCUAUUUUAACAGAAAUUUUUGCAGUGUGUAUGAGGAAAAAUUUAUUAAAAACUAAGCCAGAUUAUAUUAUAUAAUCUUAAUAUACGAAAGACAAAGUAAUCUUCAAUUUAAUUGGUUUUUAAUAAAUUUCUGGCAUAAAUACUUAUACUAUUCAGCAGUAUCAAUUAGAGUAUUGUAAAGUUAUGAAUUUUUAAUAAAAUUAUUUUGAAUAAUUUUCUAUCUAAAAGCUCAG